UCGGAUCACUAGUUGUCAUUCAGGCAGCAUUUGGCAAGGUCUAUUCAUAUAAUGUUCUAUAGCUUCAAAUACAGUGACUGUGAAAGGAUUGUUUUCUUAAAUGUCAGCGAAUGUCAGUGCAGCGGUGAUGAUGGUGGUGGACUCAAUACGGGAUGAGAGUAAUUUUACACUCAACAACAACACAUUGGGUGAAUUAAAUCGCUCAAACGACGAGUUAGAAACCAGCGAAAACUUUGACAGAUGUCCGAUUUCCCCAUCGGAACCCCUUGCGAUAAGGCAUGAGAGCGAGGCCCAAGAGGGGAGCGAAUCCGAGAAUCAGUAUGACGGAAACGGCAAGAAAAGGCGGAGGAGGAGAAUGAAGGGCGGUAAGCACCAUAGGAAAUGGAAACCUUAUGAUAAACUUAGUUGGAAUGAAAGACGCGAGCUUGAAGAGAGAGAAACGGUGCGUGCCAAUCAAAAACGCGAGGAGGCGUUUGCUCAUGGACACCCAGUGGCUCCGUAUAACACGACACAGUUUCUUAUGGAGGACCACAUCAAAAACGAAUCCCUAAAUUCACCAGACGUUCAAGAGGAUGAAGAGGAACACCUGAAUCGACACGAUUCGAGGGAGUCGAGGAGUUCACGGUCGAGUGAUUAUUCGGACGAGACGUCUUCGUCUACAAGCGAAGAUGAAGACAAUAAUUUCAUGGAGAAAGAAUUUUCUGAAACCUAUAAUAAUAUUCACGCGGAAAGAUUGCAGACAAUGAGUAAAGACGAACUUAUUAAAGACUAUGUAGAGAUGGAAGCAAAAUUGGAACGUUUAGAAAAAAGGUAUAAAAAUAAACGACGAAAGCGCGAGUCCACGAACAAUAGUUCUGCUUCACUGAGCAGCGAGGGAGAGGAAUUCGUAGACCUGGAUGCAGCCAGGAAGUUUGAAGAUGAAAACAAGUUGUUGAAGGACGAAAACUGUAAGCUGAAAAAUGAAUUGACAAAAAUGAUGAACUGAAUUGCGUUAUUUGUGAUAUUUGUCAAAUUUAAUUUGAUUUUUAAUUUGCAUCCUGAGUGGAUGUCUGAAGUUUUAAUGAUGUUUCAAUCCCAACAUGUACUAGCAGACCGAUUAUGUUUGUUUUACCAAUAUGAGAAAUGGCACUUGAUUUUUUUUGUAUUUGUUGAUUUUUAUAAGAAUUUAAUUCUCACAUUUUUGAGAAUGUGUCAUUAUAUAAUAUUUCUUCCAUGUAUUACAUUGGGCCUCAAUACUGGGUUUCUUGGGCCACAUACUAUGUCUAAAUAAUAUAAUGCAUGUUCAGGUUAUGGAUACAGUUUCAAGAUUUGAUGUUAAAAUGUAUCUAAUAAUCACUUGUUGAAGUUAAUAAUGAUCGUGAGCAACUAACAUACUAGUUUUAGGGUUACAUUGAAGAUUUUAUGUGGUUGAAUUAUUAUUAUUUUUUUUUUAACUUUUAUCUAUAGACUAGUUGACAGUAUGAUAGGUUCCUCAGUUUGACCAGAUUUGUUUCGCAAAUUGUGAUCGUAAAAAUUUUAAACUAUGCUUUCACUAUAUUCAUAUGCAGAUAAUUAAAUUUUGGUAAAUGGUUUUAAUUUGUGACAAAAAAUUGAGAGUUUGUAAUAAACAAUUAGAACUUUCUUUGUUUAAAAAAAUCAGUUUGAUCUGUGCAUUAUUAAACAUAAAAAACAUUAACUUAGUUUAAAAAAAUCCAUUUUUCUGUUUAUUUAAACAACUGAUUUAAGAAAAAGUAAGUUUGUUUUUUUUAAUUUUCAGUAAGAAUAGCAUUUAAAUAAUUGAAGAAUCUUCCAAAAUCAAAGGUAGUUUCAAUGAAUUCCAGUCUUCAAUAUUUAAAGUAGUGUAUUUGUGUAAUUAUUUUGGAGAUUCUGAAGGCAACACUCCUCAGCAUAAUAAAACUAGAUGUAAUAACAGUGGAUAUAUGAAGUUAUAAACAGAUCUACUUUUAGCUUCAAAGGCAUUUCAAUAUUGCAAUUGUACUGUAGGUUUUUUUUGGGGCAGUUAAUGGACCCCAUUAUUCCCAAUUGAAAUCAUUUCAUAUUUCAGCCGAAUUCUCAAAAUAUGCAGUUAACUCCUGAAAAAACUUUUCCAAUUUACCAAUUUUCUUUCCAAAAUAAGGCCCAAGAGGCCCUGUCCCAAACAAGUGAGAAAAAGCCCUGUACUGCCAAUAGUUGUAAAGUUAAAACUGAUUUCUGGUUGAUGAUAUGUCUUUGUUAAAUAAUCCAAUUGUAUUUGAUAAAGCCCUAUGGAGUUUGUCAAGGGAGAUAACUCAUUAAACAAAAUGACAAAUAAAAUACAUUUACUUAUAUAGAUUGAAAGUCCAUUUUGAAAUAUUCUAUAUCAAAUGUAAAUCCAAUGCGAGAUCCAUGCUCUGGAUCCUCUCUUAGGAAAUAUUCAAUUUGUUAAUUUGUUAUGUGAUGGUGCUAAAAUGAAGUUUUCAUCAUUUUCAUAACAUUUCUAGAGCUCUUUUGUAGAGAUCCACCUUUGUUCAAAUUUAAUUUUCAUUUGAAUUGAUGCAUGUAAAAAUGCUAUGUUAUUGAAAUGCGAAAGGGCAUUAUUUUAUACUUGUUUUAUAUGCGCGUGUUAAAACGAAAGUGAGUUCAAAUGUUGAGGCUUGUACAUGUAUGUAUUAAAUGUAAUAAUGAAUUUUGAAAAGGGAAAGCGUGCAUGAACUGUACAGCAAAUAGGUGCAGAUUUGAAAGUGAAAAUAUGCUGAAUACAAGUUUACGAUUAAUUGGUUGUUAUACGCCCUCAAAUCGGUGGCAUUUUAUUAAGACACCCACUUGUCAUGGUCAUUAGAUUUUUUAUUAAAACAUUUUUUGUUCAUAUCUUGAAUUUAACUUUGUAGGUGAAAAAUAACAUUAAAAAAACUCCAGCAUAUUGUUUACACUUUUUGUUGUUCAAAGAUAUUUAUUUUUAUACAAAUUUUGUUGUUGAUAUAUUACAAUUGCACAAUUAUUUGUGAAUACAUUCAAUGCUACCAUGUCUUUCCUUUUUCAAGUCAUCAUGCAAGUCAUCUCGUAUUUCAUCUUGGUAUAUUUUUUGUUUGUGCUUAUGCAUGGUACGGUAUAGUUUUCAUGUACAUUGAAAUUAUUCCUUAAUAUAGGAAUUAAUUUUGGAGCAUGCUUAAACCUGUUUUGUUGAGUAAGUUUCAUCAAAUAAAGAUGAAAUUAUAUAUGGUAAAUCUACUGAUGAUAAAUCUUAAUGGUUUGAAAUGCAGAGAGUCUUAAAGUCUACUACAACAAGCGUGACAAUUAGAAAAUGAGAUAAAAUACUAAUAUUUUUAACCAAACAUGGCUCGUGUAGCAAAGUAUCAUAUUAUACAUGUACAAAAGAAAUUUAAACAUUGUACUUGGACUAGAAGCACAUUAAUUAAUUCUAGCCAAAUUGUAUAGAAAGAGUAAAGAACUAGGAAAUAUCUGCUAACAUCAGUAUAGAGAUAGACCAAUUGUCCUCUCCCCCUCUUAUGAACUGAAAACUACAAAUGGCAUAUUAUUGGAGGAUUUCUAUAAAAUGAGAAUACAGAUGGAUUUGUAUAUCGCUGACUAGAAAAGAUUUUAGUAUAUCCACUUGCCCACUGAAUGUUUAUAAGGAAUGCAAGGUGGCUGGACGAGGAAACAUUCACGUUAAUGUCAAAGACGAUGUUUACUGAUGUAUUGAUACAGUUCACUAUCUGCUUUGUAAAAUCCGCAUCAUUUUCUUGAAAUCCUUCAGAGUGGUAGACUGAAAAUAGAGUACUCUUUGCAUAGAGACGACGCUGUCAUAGUUGACGUCGGUGCAGUGGAGUUGUAGCAAAAUAUUGUAAUAAAAAAAAAAUGAUGUUUUAAAGUUUAAACUUUAUUUGUUUUUUUGCUCUAGAUAUUUGCACAGCUUCUGACUCCCCCUUCGAAAGUAAAAUCACUUUUCAGAAAUGUUAAUAGUCAAAUCUAUAUAUAUAUCAAAUAAACAUGCGUGUCCCUUCAAACCUAAGAGCAAUACCACUUUGGAGCUGAAACAUAUUCUCUGGUGUCUACUGUAAUUGGUCCUUCUGGUUUAGAAUUAAAUAGAAUAUAAACAUAUGUUACUAAAAGUUAACAUCCGUUUAUAUUAUUUACCAGUUAAGUUGUGAAUUAGCUGGACUUCAUUUAGUCCAGGUUGAUAUCCACUUGUAUUGUAUACAGAAUACUUUAUCAUCCUAUUUACUUCCAUUCAAUUUUUUUCUUUGAUUUCAUUAGAUCCCACUUACAUCCAUCAAACUUAUUUUUCAAAUAUAUCCUUUUAUUCUUAAUUAGUGCUACUUGAGAGAAACCACAUCCAGCUCUUCAUUUACUUAACAUUUGGUCUCUCAAUGAACAUAAAAAAUCCUUUAUAGACCAAGCCCACCACUGCCAAGUAUGCUAAGGGAGGUAACUCAAUAUUUAAUGUAAGAGGAGAGCAAUCCUCCCAUGCCCUGUACGAUGUGGUCAGUCUGAAAACAAGCAUUUGUUUUAUAUGAAAGUUGAUUUUUAUUUUAUGGAGAUUUUCAUUGUUUUUUGUUCUCAACAUGUUAGUGUUUGAAAUAUCUGUUGAUUGUGUGCAAACUGUGUCCCCAGAAAUCAAGAGAUGGGUAAAGUUACUUCGCAAAACAUGUACUAAAUUUUUGAUUUAAUAUGCUUAAAGCUAUGCAUAUGUAACAUAAUUAUGUGGUUAAAGUCUGUGUACAUAGCUAAAUGUGACUGAACAAAUAUGUGGUAUUUUUGAUUGGUUGAAUAGCUAAGAGAUUUGAAAAUGUACACUUUCAAGAGUAUUUCUAGAUGUUUAAGUUGUCCACUUAAAUUGAAACUUGCUUUGGGGCAAGUUAAAUUGAAUGCCCAGGGUUCGUUUUGCAGGAGCUACUGCAAGAAAAAUUUAUAAGCUGGAAAAUGCUAUAUUGGGCCAAUGUUAUCAACUCCCUCAAAACAAAUAAUUACCAUCAAAUAAACUAAUAGUCGAGUUAUCUGAUGAUUGUAUAUAUCCAAGUUUUUUGUGUUUAGGGGAUUUUUUUUUUUUGUGUAUAAAUAUUAGAAUCUCCGUAUACUACCAUGAAAUGAAAUACCUGUAGCUGACAUGUUCCGUUGGAUGGACUACUCAAGAUGGUCAGAAAUGCUUCAACAUGAUUUAUUUUAUAAUUAUUUGUUGCAGCACUAUGAAAUGAACAGAUGCAUACUGUUGUCCAUUUUAGUCGUAACAAAGAUUGAAUAUUGACUGCUAUUUUAGGGAAUUACCUAGAGUUGGUGACUAGUUUCCAUGUAUUUUUGGAUAAUUGACAGGAGGUAUAUUCUUAAAUCAUGACAUGUAUAAAGUUACUAUUUACAAUGUUGACAAUUUUAUUAAAUGAUGGAAAAACAAG